AUGAAACCGCUGCUGCUGCUGCUGCUGCCGCUGUUGGUAGCGGCCUCGGUCCAUUUCGAUAUGAGUGUGCGCCAACCCAACGCCUGGGACCUGGGAGAGGUCUGGGAACCCCAGGCGGUGGACCCAGAUAUGUACUUUCCGGAUUCCGAGGAGGACUUUUUAGACGACUACAAUGUGACACGGGCGGUGUCCUCGCCGCAACGACAGCUGAAAAAACGUGUGGUGACAGACGAAGGGUCCGUGACGGUAUUUGACUACUACGUCGGUAUCAAACUGCAUGCUCCAGGAGCCGGUGGUCACGCUCUGGAGGUGCCUGUUCUCAUAUCGGAACCACACACCUGGUUCUUUGGCAGCGAAAAUGGAAACAACUCUCAAAGCCUGGUGUACAACGGAACCGCCGGACGAAAUCUGACUGAUGUAUUUGGUCAUCAGAUGAUAAGCGACAAUGUGGACGACUGGACGCUGUUUGCAGACUACUGGACAGACGAGGUGACAUUUGGACCCGAAAUCGGACCCAAGGACUUUGUGUUUGGACGAAGUACGCCCAUGAACCCCGCUAUGCACCCUGGACUUGGCCUGGGCCCUGCACACACUGAAAGUAUCAUGAUAAACGGCUCAGAAUUCUCAACCUCAUUUUUGAGUGGUCUCAUGAACGGAGGGUACAUUGAGAGAAGACAGUUCUCCAUGUAUCUGGGAGGUAAUUCCACGAAAUCAAAGCCCAACAUCAUUUUCGGGGGAGUGGACGCCAACAUGGUGCGUGGAAAUUGGAGCACGUUUCCCAUUUUGCAUGAAGCCAAUGCAACGUCACGCUCACAGGAGAGAUUUUUCAUUGCCAUGACAGGUCUGUCUCUCACGCGCCAGGAUAAUACAGUCGACAGUGUCGGCAUGUCAGGUGACGCUGCUGUUCUGCUUGAUCCACAGUUCGCAUUGUCUUACAUUCCCGGCGACGCUAUGGUGAACCUGGCUGUCAUGUUGGGAGCUGUAUUUUUCGACGGAUUGGGGGGAUGGAUUUGUGACUGUCGACUGCGAGAUGUCGGCGCAUUCAUUAACAUUCAGCUGAGUAACAUCACCUUCUCCAUGUCUGUAUACGAUGUGCUGAUGCCGCUCACAGACGGGUUUGGUAAGGCUGUGAAUUUUACAGGGGGAGGAGAGGCUUGUGCAGUCACGUUUUCAACGUCGGAAUUCACAGGAUAUAAUGUUCUGGGAUUCAACUUUCUCCAGAACCUAUACACCUCAUUUGAUGUGGACUCCAAGGAGGUGUCUAUUGCAAAACUCAGAAAGGGAGCUCUGCAGUCUCCUUCGUACGAGCCAAACAUUAUUCCACUGAGAGGACCUCUCGCCAGGCAUAUGAAUGCCACUACCAUCAUCCAGCCUGACAUUGAAUACACUUACGGCAUCCCACAAUUCAACACCACAAAAUACCCCACAGCCGGAGGAGAUCGAAUGACACGAGUAGUGUUAUCGGACCCCACAGGAGUUGUUACAUACGAAGGAAUCACUGUUCCAGGUAGUUCAGGCAGCCAGAGCAGGAUUCCGUUGGACUCAGAGCCAUUCACGAUCCAGGUCAGUGCCUCCCCGACAUCUUCAAAGCCUGGAGCCCUGAUCCAGUUGUAUGGAACGCCGAUUUCGGGUUCUCAGACUAUUUUCAAAGACGCUCCAGCCACUGGAGUCAGUACUUCCAGACCACCUCAAAUCCCUCCAACAGGGAUGGGAGCUCCUCGGUCUGCAGGAGAGCGGGUAGCAUUGGGUAUGGGGGUGAUGUCGCUGGCUCUAGGCCUUGCGGUAUGCAUGUAA